AUGAAGCUCUCAAACAUCGCAUCGCUGCUCGCAGCCUUGCCCCUCAUCAGUGCCCUCGCCAUCGACGUCCGCACCCCAGAAACCGCCAUUCCACGCCCCACCCUCAAAGCCCUCAAAGCAUGCGAGAAAAACAACUGCAAACAAGCCGUCAAAGCCUGGUCCGAAUGUCAAACCUACACCACCAAAACCCGUCCUUCAGAGACCAUGCAACAAUGUCUCUGCGGGGGCCCCAACAACCUCGAUGGGCUAUGGCACUAUGAAUGGUACAGUGCGCUUGUUGAGAGCUGUGCGCCUUGUGUUGAGGAAGUCGUUACGCCUGGUGAUACCACGCUCUCAACCGCUUUGGGUCUUGCCGCUGCGGAGUUCUGCUCGGGUGGUGAUCUGACCAAAUUUACGACUGCGGCUAAGGAGCUGGAGAAUGUGAUUUUCCCGUUUUCGUUGCCAGAGGCAGUCUUCUGUCACCUGCUUUGGAGAAAUGCUACUCAUCCGAUUCCUGUAACACAGCUCGUGGCCUUUGGACCCAGUGUUUUCAGUCCACCAAUCCUGUCGAUAUCUGGGAUUGCUUUUGUAGAGUUCAAGGUGGCCAUGCUGGACCUGGUGGAGGAGCUUUUGGAGCUUAAUUGGGGUACUUCUGCUUCCGAUUGUGCAUCCUGUAUCAAUACCGCUGCAAACUUACACCUCGACGCCUUCGGCCUGAUCCAGCCAUAUUGCUUCCUUCAGACAGAUUACCAAAAGGCUGUUGAUGACCUGAAGGCCGGUGUCAAAAAGCAGACUGUCACCAACAAGUCAUCUAUCGAGGUACUCAGCUUCACCGCGCAAGAUCCAGUCGGUCCUCAGGGACGCGCAUGCUUGGGAGGACAUGUUGGCAUCGGUGAAGGAGAUAGCGGACCAUGGGGAGACGCAGCUUAUCCAUGCACACAGUGCAUCAACGACGCAAUUGGAUCACACCUAAGUGUUCUGGACCUACUGGUGCCCUAUUGCAGCUUGUCUCCUGACAAUCAAGCUUUGAAGACUAAACUUAACGCUGAUGCACAUCAACAAACAGUCUACAAUAACUCCCCCAUUGAGAUGCUUCGAUUCGUUGAACGAACGCGAGAUCAUAAGAGAGAAGCAGAACCUAGCUCAAUUGAGGCGUGA